AUGUCCUCAGUGCCAGAAGAGCCUUCGGAUGAAGCGAACCAGAUCGAUGAACAGCAGCUACAAGAGAUCGAUGACCCGGCCUUAAGUGGCGAGAAUGUUCAUGGAGAAGUCCAGGAGGAAAGCGAGGUACGGAUUGAGCGAGACGGCGAUGAAUCGAAGGAGGGGGCGAAAGAAGCAACAGAGAACAGCAACCAAGUGUUUUGUGCGGAGAUAGAGGAAGCAGGUGUCGAAGUGAACGGAGAGAUAGCGCCGUGGGGUGACAACGAGACGACUCAAGAGGAGAUUGAUGCGGAAGAAGACGAAGACGACGAUGGAGAUGCGUGGGAGUGGCAGCUUCGAGUGAUGCAGCGUGUGAGCGAGGGCCUGCUUGAUCUCUCCCUGCUCACAUCCGGUGGAUUCGACUUCGUUGUCGUUCUCAACGUGCAGCAAAAUGCGAUAAGAGACGUGAGGCCCAUCGAGGGAAUGUCUCGCACGUUGCGCGUGCUGAAUGCAUCGCAGAACGAGAUUUCCACGUUGCCUGGUAUCGACUUCUGGUCGCAGUUCCGCUGUCUACGCAUGUGUUUUCUCUCUCACAACGCUUUAAAGACGUGGACAGACAUCCAAGGACUCGAAGGCUGUUCCAGAUCACUACUUUGGCUAACGUUGACGGAUAAUCCCCUCAUGACGCUGAAGAAUGCGCGCAGUUUCGUGGUGAACAAGCUCCCGUUCCUCAAGGCUCUCGACAGUUAUGUGACUACAGACCAAGAGGUAAUUCGCCACGCUCGUCCAAGCACUCGCUUCAAUGCGUUGGCACCGCGACUAAGCAUCGCGCAUCUUCAUAUGCCUCUCGAGUUCGAGACCGACGACGCCGCUCUACUUUACGUUGGAGAGACCGAGACUGCAGUAGCGAGUAUGCAUGCUAACAACAGCCCAAGUGUCCGCUCUCAGAAACUUAUCCGGGGCUAUCUGUCGCGACGGGCCAACUUCCCACGCUUCCGCAAUAAGCAUAUUCGCGGGUUUCUACUACGUCAAAGGAUCAAGCGUCACAUUUGCGAGCUACUGGCAGCAAAUGGAGAAUCCAAGCUGCUGAUGGCCUCCGUUGCAGCAGGUCACGGACUUUUGUCGCCACUUGCACGUCGAUCAUUUGAGAGAAUGCUACCGAUGAUACGUCGAUGGCGAACGCACUUCCAAGCCAAGAAGCGAGCCGUGGCCAUCAAGAAGAUCCGCUUCUGGUGUCAAAUGGUGUACCAACGUCACGCACGACGCACUCGGCAGCUUUUGCGUGAUCAACAAGAAAUCUGGAUCUACUACACGCCAGAAUUUGAGCAGGAGCUUCUCACUCUCGCUACGCGUGUGGCUCGACGCGAUCCUUAUCUCAUGACGUUGUCUCGGGAAGAGCGACUCGAGCUGCUUCGAGAACGCUGUGCUCAAUCCGGAAUGAGCGUUCUCCGAGGACCAAACCCAAACUCGAACGUUGUGCGUCUUGCUUCGACCCCAAACGGGAGAUCCCCGACCCCAGAGCGACCACAACAGCUACAGCGUGAAGACGAUGAAGGCUAUCGACUGCUACGCUUGGGUCGAAAUGCACAGUCGACGCUUGAUGCAGCCUCACAACAUCCGACGCAGCGGUCGGCUUCGGCUGGCUGGCCUGCACUGAUCCGUGGGUUUCUCAGCGAUAAUGAAGUCGAGAACCAGUUGCUUGUCACUGAAAAACGUUUCUUGCAGCAAGAUCUCGAGAGUAUCGCCUCCAUCCAGAGUCAGCAGCGACAGGGUAUUGCUGAACUAGGUGGCUGUACAACUUUAACCAGACUGGAAAUGGUAGCGAGGCGUCAAUCUCGAGCCGUGCUUCUGCAUCUAAACCAAGUUGCGCGUGAGAUUCGGCAGCGUUUGGUAAUUUGCAAUCGAAGAAUUCUCGACGCUUGUGUGAAGCAGCAACAGCGCCGCCAGCAGCUGAAGACUGAGACGCAUUUCUCCUUGACCAAGGCAAAGCUUCGUGCACGAGGACACGCGCCCGCGCGAUGGGAGCGGAGGCGGCUAAUGACCUCACUAUCUGAACACUCGCGUGGCUAUCGAAAGAUGAAGGUGUUUAUUCCAUGGACGAUCGACAUGUACCUGCACAUCGUGGCGAGUCUGGAUCGCGCCGUCUCCAUGUGCUCUGUGGGUCCAGCGAAAGCGUUUGCAAUGCCAUACGAGGAGGCAAAGCGUGCAGACGCAGCGUUGUUGAUCCAGUCAGCGUGGCGAGCCUCCAUGUGUCACUCUCGUCGAAAUGCUCUUGAGGUUACGAUUGCACGUGCGCUCCUCUGCAUUCAGCGGUGGUGGAGAUUUCGUGUUGGACUGCGUCGGAGACUGGAUGUGCUGCGCGCGUGUCUUCUGGUUGGAGCUAGUAUUAAUUCUCGCACUCUGUUCAUGGAAGCCAGUGUCUACCACACCCUUGUGGAGUCCUGGCCUGCAGUGCAGAGCGUUGUGGCUCGACAUCGAUGUCAUGAACAUCGCCUUCACUGCCGAGUCGUCUCGGGGACGCACGUCGAGCUCACGUUGACGCCAGGUGAGCUACUACUCUACACCGCCAGUCGAGAACAGCGAUCGAUUCUACCUCCUCAGCCCCAGUAUCACCAAGUAUCGUCUGUGCCGUCAGCCCAUGUAAGCUCGUCGAAGAUUGAGCUCUGGUCGAGCCAACGUUGCAGCGCUUAUCUACCUGUGUGGAUGCCUGGUACGCCAAAUCCCGAGCAGGAGAGCAUGAGCUCUAGGUCUGAAGAUGCUGCGGCUUUACUGCUAGUCGAUGGAGUGCAGGUCGAGCCUACACUCAUGGAGCACGAGCUAAUGUUAGGCGCCACACAGCCACCAAUAGCUGAAGUUUUUGCGCAGAUGAAUCCGUUCCGUGAGUUUCCGACGUGUCAGCACGUUGUCGACGCCGCCACUCGAGUAAUGGACAUCGCGCGACGACUUUCAGAUAGCAAGGUGACAAGGAAUUGGCAGCUGGAACCGUCACAACUUGGGAUCGAUACGUCGUUUGUGCGCCUCACGUUUGAAUCCAUCGAUGAAGCUAGGAAACGUGCUUUACUACUGCUGUGUAAGACAUUCGACCCGAUCACGAAGACGUUCGCGCGGCUGUAUACGUUGGAGACUUUGUUCGGGGCUGCCUUUCGCCACCAUCAGUGGGCCAUAAGCCAAGCUGCCACACGAGAAGAAGUCGAAGCUGUCUUGAAGGAGUCGCUCGUGUGGAUGCACGAUGAAGUUCCUUCUCGAUGGAGGAUUCAGAUGCAGCAAAAACUUGAGGCUCUGCACGCGACGGCGAAAAGAAAAGCUCACAGUGCUCUGCCGCCCGUCUCGGAGACAGUAGAACCAACUCCUGACUUCCACGUACAGCAGAUCCCACCGAGAGAACCUGAGACCCGAGUCCCUGUACGGCCGUCAGACCCCGUGCCUCGUGUACCCCCUCGCGUGUUCGCUCGGCCUCUUCAACCAGACAGUGGGGCUCCAGUACCGCUGCAUGUGGUGGAGUCUACUCUUCCUGAAGAUGCCGAGCGACAUCCGAAUGACCGGAUCAAGGCUCGUGUCCCAAUUCAACCAACGCAACCUCAAACCGCGUCACGGUCCGCGUCCCCCUCCACACCUCAAGGAAGUAGUCGUCACCAGAUGCUAACGAACCGACUUGGUAAACCCAGUUACAUCUCUGUCGAGGAUAAACAAGACCAAGAACAACAAGCUCGUGAACUUUAUGUACGCGACCUCCGUGAGGAAGGCGAACGGGCAACUGAGGCAUUUAUCGUGGAUCGUCGUAUGCUCCAGCGAGAGAAAGCUACCGAAGUGGCUUACAUCAAGUUGGACAUCGACGUCAGACUGCAACGGAUGCGCUUUGAGCGUGGAAUCGAUCAAAUCCACAUGCGAGAGGCUCUAGAACACCAACGACACGCCUCACGACGUCGCAAGUUGACGCGUAAGUUUGAAACCAGCUUCGUGGCGCAGUCUGGAGCGCUCAUGAGACGCGCUGCUCGAGCUGGCGUCGCUAGCAGUCUCAGGGCAGAAGAACAAGAGCAGCAACGUCUUACUGCGGCGGUGAAAAUUCGCGAAGCCGAAGCGCUCGAACGUCGUCGAGAUGCUAAGAGUUUCUGGUUCGUAAGGAAUCGCCACGAGAAACGAGAAAUGGAGGCGCUACGACUGCUGCGAGCGGCUGAAGCUGACAAGGCAGAGCGUAGUCGACUGGCAGGUCGAAGGCAGCGCAUGAAGGAAGACAAGGAGAUCAAGAAAAUGCUUCACAUUAUGUAA